AUGUCUACACCCCGCCUCUUCCAGCCCAUCCAAGUCGGCCGCAUGCAACUAGAGCACCGUGUCGUGCACCCUUCAAUGACCCGCAACCGUGUCGACAAGGACACGCGCGUAGUAGGCGACGACGUCGUGGCCCAUUACGCCCUUCGCGCUACCGUACCUGGCACGCUGCUCAUAGCGGAAGCGACCUACAUCACUCCCAAGGGCGCCGCUUUUGAUCUCUGGCAGCAUACCCCAGGUCUAUGGUCUCCUGAGCAGGUCCGGGCAUGGAAGAAGGUCACCGACGCCGUCCAUGCUCGUGGCUCCUUCAUGAUACUUCAGUUCUGGGUACUAGGCCGCGAGGCUGACCCGGACCUCCUAGCCGCGAUGAACCCGCCACCACCAUACAUCUCUGCCUCAGGGAUACCCAUAGAAGGUAGACGCCGAGCUCCUCGCGCUCUCACUCGUGAAGAAAUCCAGGAGUAUGUCCGCCUACACGCCGACGCCGCCAAGCUAGCCAUCAACGAGGCAGGCUUCGACGGGAUCGAAGUCAACGCCGGCGCCGGAUAUCUGCUCGACGAGUUCCAGAAGGAGUUCUCGAAUACGCGUACAGACGAGUACGGCGGGACGCCCGAGAACCGUGCGCGUUUUACGCUUGAAGUUUACGAUGCGAUGGCGCGCGAGAUAGGUGCCGAUCGCCUCGGAAUCAAGCUCAUGCCUUGGGAUACCGUCCGGGGCAAAGGCUACGAGAACGAGGAUCCCAUCCCGACGUUCUCAUACCUCGUGUCCGAGCUACGUCGGCGCCAUCCCGACUUCGCAUAUCUGCACGUCGUCGAGCCCCGAUUCGGUCCGACUUGGAAUGGGCGCCCUGUGAAGGGGGACGAGUCUAAUGAAUUCCUGUACGAGAUCUGGAAAGGCAAACCGUAUAUCACCGACAGUGGCUACACCCGCGAGACCGCCAUCGCACAGGCGGAGUCGGACGAGCAUACGCUCGUUGCCUUUGGGCGGGACUACACCUCAAAUCCCGACCUCCCUAUCCGUCUCCAGUACGACCUUCCAUUGACGCCAUACGUACGGGACACAUUCUACUCCCAACUCGAUCCGGCCGGCUACAAUACGUUCGGCUUUGCGGAGGAGAGCAAGCAGAUUCUUGCGGAGCGCGGGGUCAUAGUCGACAAUGUAUGA